CGCCGCCCUCGCGGCCUGGCCCGGCUGCGCCCGGCGCGCCCGCCGCCCGGGGGGAUGUCGUACAAGCCGAACUUGGCCGCGCACAUGCCCGCCGCCGCCCUCAACGCCGCUGGAAGUGUCCACUCGCCUUCCACCAGCAUGGCAGCAUCCUCCCAGUACCGCCAGCUGCUGAGUGACUAUGGGCCACCAUCGCUGGGCUACACCCAGGGAACUGGGAAUAGCCAGGUGCCCCAGAGCAAGUAUGCGGAACUGCUGGCCAUCAUCGAAGAGCUGGGGAAGGAGAUAAGACCCACCUAUGCAGGGAGCAAGAGUGCCAUGGAGAGACUAAAACGAGGCAUCAUUCACGCACGAGGACUGGUUCGGGAGUGCUUGGCUGAAACGGAACGGAAUGCCAGGUCCUAGCCUCCCCKCCAGCUUGGGAGUUCCUGGCUCUCUACAGCUCAUCUCCCCUGUUCAGAUGAAAUACUCAUUUUCAAAAUGGUAACAGUUUAGUUUUUUCUCCCAAGGUUCACAGUCUCAAAAUAUUGGGAAAAGAUUUCGAGGUUAAUUAGGAUUUGCAUUUUAAGUAGUUAGGAACAACCCAGGUUGUUYUUGUUUUUGUUUUUUAAGAUGCAUGUGAAGUUAUUUUACAGCAAACUGUUAUUUGGCUCCAAGAUACCAGUGUCUCCCUYUAAUCUUUUGAAUACUUUAUGUCACCCAAAUUGUUAUUUGUACCUUUUCAUAAGCUCAUUUKAUCCCAAGGACUUUGUUUUAAUGCAUCCUGACCACCUGCUUCACUUAGCUGGUCCCAUGUGCCAUACAGUGUAGAUUCUGCUUACUGGCACUUCUUUUUUGCUUAAGCAUUUGCAUGACUMUUAGUGCUUUGAAGUCAAUUUUAAGAGUGCACAAGUUAUAAAUACAGAAGAAAGAGCAACCUACCAAAUCUAAUAAGGACCCCGAAAAUUUUCAURCUAAGACUGUAUGUAGAUUUCAGUUUGUGUUUACUGUAAGUUGAUCAAAA